UCGUGACAACAAAGUUUUAUACUUCCUCGGAAAACGAAUAGUAUACUUUAGCGAUUAGUAUUUUCAAAAAACGUUACAUCGUUCAUAUCAGUAUAUGGUGGUUUGCGUGAUACUGUUUAUUAUUCUACAUACAAUUUUUAAAUUUAAUGUUCAGUGAGUGUUUAGUUUUAGUAGUGAAUAAAUGUUUAAGUGAAUGUUUAAGUUGAUCGCUAUGUUCUUUUUCAAGGCUAAAAAUGCAUUUCUAUUUUAAUCAUGGUUUCCUUAUUUUCAAGAAGAAUCAUCAAAAGGGAUGCUCCUUCUCCCGAAUCACCGCAAGAACUGGCUACAGUCGUGGAAGCUAACAAUCCCAUAACUAAUAAUCCAACAAUAUCCUCAACAGAAGGACCUUCAGACACCACUAAUCCAAUAGAGACAACAGGUGGGGAUCUUUUGGAAAAACACAUUUUUGGUAACAAAAAAUUUCAUCCAUCUCAUGGUCGUACGACCCCACAUCCAGAAGCAGUCAAACCCAGUAAUGAUACUAUUAUCCAAAACAUUGUUCAUUUGGCCAACAAGGAAGGAAUUGAUACAUGGGUAUUAGUAACAAUCCUUAUUGCUGUAUCUAUUAUAAUCCUGGGAAUAUGCUUUUGUUGUAUAAGAAGAUGUUUCCGAAAACGAAGGGCAAAGGAUGGGAAAAAGGGUAUGAAAGGGGUGGACUUGAAAUCCGUCCAGCUUCUAGGGUCAUCUUACAAAGAAAAAGUACAACCGGAUAUGGAUGAGCUAACGGAAAAUGCAGAAGAGCCUGAUGAGAGUGAAAAACCUGAAGUUCAAAAAUUAGGAAAGCUACAAUACAAAUUGGAGUAUGAUUUCAAUCAAAAUAGCUUCUCUGUGACAGUUAUCCAAGCCGAAGAGCUUCCUGCUCUAGAUAUGGGUGGCACAUCUGAUCCAUACGUAAAAGUAUAUCUCCUUCCUGAUAAGAAGAAAAAAUUUGAGACGAAGGUCCACAGAAAAACGUUAAAUCCCGUCUUCAACGAAACGUUUGUGUUUAAGAGUUUGCCGUACUCGGAAGCUAUGAACAAAACCUUAGUCUUCGCCAUAUUUGAUUUCGACCGAUUUUCCAAACACGACCAGAUUGGAGAAGUGAAAGUUCCACUCUGCACUGUUGACUUGGCUCAAACUAUCGAAGAAUGGCGAGAAUUGCAGAGCGUCGAAGGCGAAGGUGGUCAGGAAAAUAAGUUGGGAGAUAUAUGUUUCUCUUUACGGUAUGUUCCCACUGCUGGAAAAUUGACUGUCGUAAUUCUGGAAGCUAAGAAUUUGAAGAAAAUGGAUGUUGGUGGAUUAUCAGAUCCCUAUGUAAAGAUAGCCUUGAUGCAAAACGGAAAGCGAUUAAAGAAGAAGAAAACUAGUAUUAAAAAAUGUACUCUCAAUCCAUAUUAUAAUGAAUCAUUCACAUUUGAAGUACCGUUCGAACAAAUACAGAAAGUUAAUCUACAGAUAACAGUAGUAGACUAUGACCGAAUUGGUACUUCGGAACCCAUUGGAAAAGUUGUACUAGGUUAUAAUGCAAGCGGUACUGAACUUCGCCAUUGGUCAGAUAUGCUUGCAUCUCCACGUAGGCCGAUUGCGCAAUGGCAUACACUUAAAGACCCUGAAGAUGAAAAGAAAGACUAAGAUGAACAUGUCGCCUAACAACGCUAAUGAAUAUAAAUAUUAAAGUAUACUCGUUGUUGUAUUGAAGUCUAUCCUUGGAAUUGUGAGAAAAUCACCAUCAAUGUUAUGCAUUUUCAUUAAUUUAAGAAUCAUUCAAUUCAUAGUUUAAAGCUUCUCUAUUAGUCUCGAAUGUAUGAAUUAAAUAUUCCUCAUUUACAAUUCUGCAGACUAAAAAUAAAUCGAUCGUUAUACCUCCUCAGAAUAAUUAAAAAUUUCUUUGGAAUUUAAACACAGAAGGAUGCUUCAUAUCACUAUCCAUGAUAGUAAUAGUUGAUGGCAUCUAACAGAGUAUUUGAUUUUGUAAAAAACGAUUAGAGGGAUUAUUUCUUGUUUUUACUUAUAAUAAUAUGACAUAACUAUAGAUAAAAAGAAAACAAUAUGUAUAUAUGGAAAUAUGGAUGCUGACUUGGAUAAAUAGUCCUUUCUGUUCGUCUCUAUUAUUUGGAGGAUAUAAGAACAAAGCCUUCAAGGUAUUUGCACUUAGAUUGUACUGUUGGUAGGAUGUAGAAGGUUAACCUCAAAAUUUUAUUCAAUUCUAUUAGUAUUAGCUUCGAUUUUGACUGAACUCACACUAUAUAACUCAACUAGUUUUAUCUUCAGAGUACUUUGAGUACAUAGUUAAUAUCUCUUCCAACUUGAAUAUUAAACACUCUACGUUUACUACCUUCUCUCUUAUUUUUCUAUCUCUUGAUUAUCCUUUUCCAACUUUAAAAAUCCAUCUUCAUUUGCAUUAUUUCGAAAUUAUUAAACUUCUUGUAGAUUCUUGUAGAAGAAAUUACUUUGAUCCAGGUACGAAUUUUUUUGGUUCGAGUUGAUAAUUUAUGAUUACCGUAUUUUUUCCAUUUUAAUUAUCGAUAUCGUGUUUGAAUAGCAACAGACAUUUUUAAGGAGGCACUGCACUACAAGCGGCUUGAUCAAAUACUUAAGGCUCCGAUUGAUGGGCGCUUCAAACGCUGAGAAGUGGAGGAGUGUAUAAUGGUGUCAAAAGUAAAUAUGGGUUUCCUGACCUUAACAUUGGUUGCUGUGAAAAAGAGAAAUCACAAAAUUAAAAAAAACGGUAGUUUUUAUCAAUCACCGUCAAUGCUUGCUUCAAGCUUCAAACGGGUUUCUAAACUAUGAAUCACGCUUGAUACAAUCAAUUUGCUCAAGCAUUUGAUCAAGACGCUUGGUAGUCUAGGGCCUACUUUAUAGUUUCGACCGAUUGUUUGCUUCCAUAGAAAUAUUCUAAGUGAUUUAUUUUGUCACAAUGACUACACACUUUUUUUUCAAUGAAAUAAUCUUUCCUCUAAAGGAGUUGACGCGACGGUAUGAGAGUAUGUAUGAAUGUGGAUAUUGGGGUGGUGUAAUAUAAACUGCGACCUAAAGAAUAUAUUGUGUCCUCCUUUUUUGUUACGAUACUGGGGAACCCAGUGUUUACAGCAGAUCUGCCCAACUCAUUGUAGAAAGUCCGGAAUGUGGAAUAACUGCCGGACAUCUUCGUCCUCUAUUUAAUUUCCCUCCACUUUGGUCUGACUCACAAUCCAGGGUAACUUUAUUUUUCUUGCUUAGCCCGUUCAAUUUUUUUAGGCAAUCCCAAACGUGCUUGAUUUUUAUGAUAUUAGAGCUUAAAGCUCCAAUGCGCUGGCCUAUCAGACUGGAUGAUAAUCUUCUGUUUGCGAUAGUUUCUGCUUAGAUGAAACUGGGCGAAUUUUUCAAUUGCAUGAAAUUCUGCUGGAAAACACAGUAUGGAACUAAUUUGGGAACUAUAUUUCAUCAUCAUAAAUAGUAUUACUCAAUAUAAUAUAUUAUGUUUUUGACGUUGAGAAUGUACGUACUUAUUCGGUUAUAUCACUAAUUCGGCUAGCAAUGUAUCAUUAGAAAAACGUUUGGAUUGUGAAUAUUUGUUAAAUUUAUUUCCAAACAUAGUUUCCAAAAUUUCCCACUGCUAGCAUAUUAAGAUAUAAUCCUUUUUUCAUCUGGAUAUUUUCAAUGAUACUUGUAAAAGGCAAGUGCAGCUUCUCGUCUACAAAUAAAGUUUUUUUGGAAAUGAUUCACUCUUCAUAUGACUUUAACUUCAAUUCAAAGAGUUUCUCAAAAUGUUCAAUCGAAUGAUAUUUUUGUAAGUCUUUCUCUUUCAAUGGUAUUUUUAAAGAUAUUCUCGUGAUUUUUUUUCCAAAAGAAUUGUAUCUCACUAUUAUAUGAUACUCGUUUACGUUCAAUUUAAAUUCUAACCACAGUUGUGUAUGGAUUUAUUGUAGUUCGACUUACUUAACUCUCUUAUACGAGAUUAUUUCAAAAUAACACAAAAAAUUUGGCAACGCUAGUCGAUUAAAUCUGACCGGCCGCUCAUUCAAAUACACACCUCUUCCAAACAAAAAGAAACCAUUGUCUAAGCAUCUCAUAGCGACAGAAAGUGGACAGAACGUCAUUAUUCGACUUAAGUUUUACGAUUUAUCCACAUAUGUGAUGUAACGCUGAGGCAUUGUUCAUAGACUCAUCCAAAGAAUUCGCUAUAUUUUAUUAUUGUAUGUAAAAGAAAGGUAGGGGCACCAAGGAUAUUUGUAUGAAAAUGUAAGGAUAGAAAACUAAUAUAAUUACUUGCAUAUUUUUUAUAUACGUUACGACUGAAAACGGCCGGUUGCUAUACGGAUUGAAAUUGGAAUAAAAUAAUAACGAUAACGUAACCUAACCUAACCCAAGCAAGCCCAGUGAGGUUAGGUUAUGUUAGGCUAAGUUAGGUUGUGUAAGGCAGUGACUAAUUUCAUUUAAUUUACAUAAUUUGUGCUACACCGAAUUGUAGCAAAUAUUAAAUGCUAAAAACGCGUUGUGGCUCUUUUAUAUCGGCUACGACGCGAUGUCAUCAUCAACGUCGCGUUGCGGAUGUUAUGGAAGAUCCACAACGCUUUUUGUCUGUUUAAAACGACCGUUAUCAGUUUUCGGACUUCGGGGUGUAACAUAUCAUUAUAAAAUUUGCUUGAUCAAGUCAAUAUUAUUCGAUAUGUAGGUUUCCAAACCUACCAUAGAUUUCUUCCAUUAAAUUUUGACACAAUGUUCGAGAAAUAACAAAUUCAUACAUGCGAGAUAAUCAUUACAUUGAAACUUCAUUCAUAAACAAUAAACUGAGCUUGAAAUUAGAUUAAUUUUCAUGUUUUGCGAUCAUUACUUUCAUAACUGUCAUUAUCUAUGUACGUAAUGGAAUGGAAGGAACUAAAUGCUGUGUGAUUUAUCUUUAAGUUUUUCGAAAAAUAUAUCGAAUGUUCUAUUAUUUAUUUUCAUUAUAUAAUUUGAACAUUACAAGAAACCCAAUACUAUAUUUCACACAAUUUCGUUAAAUAAUUAAUAUUGUUUGGAAUAGCGAGAAUGGAUCUUUAUAUUUUCCGAUGUAUAAAGAGAAAUAUUGAAUAGAAUAAAAGAAUAUUAUGCGGAAACAGAAGUAAAAAAGUUGAAAUUCAUCAAAUAGAAAGUAUGCACAUUUUUUGUAAAUUUUUUUCCAAUAAAAUACCAAAAUAUUAUUGGGUUUCCUUAUAAAUAAUAAUUGUUUGAAAUUAGUCGUUUUUAACUUAUCAAUAAAUUUUCAAGGAUCGCAUAAAUUUGCGUUCCCUCUCAAUCGUAUUUAAUUCGAAUAGUUGACUAUUAAGCAUAACAACCAGAUUUGCCAAUUUUUCAAAAAUAAUGGAAUUUUGUUGUACUACGUGAUGUGAUAUAAAUGACUUUUUCUUUCAUAUUUUUAGGUGUGAGAUAUCUCCAUUUGUUCCCCCCUGUCUUCUGCCUUGCUAUAUUCUUCAAUUUCUUUUCCUCUCACCAGUUGUUUCUUUUUUCAAGACCAAUUCUUUUUCUUACAGAUCUAUAUAUUAUUCUAGGCGUUCAUUUCCAUUGCAUAAAUUUUUAUCUCAUAUUGCCUCCUAAUAGUUUCAUUUUCCACUGCGAAUGUGAUGGUACUGUUAUCCCAUCAUAUCCUCAAGAUAAGACUAUUUACCAAACUUAAAAUAUAAGGCAAGAAAGCUGUUACGAACUAGGAAGAAAUGAGGACACGUUAUAUGUUAUAACUCACAGUUUACUGAACUUUAUAACUUUCUUUAAUAUUGAAUACAUUUAUUGAUAUGUUAAGUCACGACAUAAUAUCAUUUAAACACGUUAUUUCUAUAUCCAUUUUGGGAUUAGAAGGAACUUAGCAUAUUGUAUUGACAAUAGAUCCUUAGAUCGUAGAUAUUGUACAUUACUAAAAUAAAUUUCUCCUUUUUACAACAAAUAGUGCACAAAAUUAGAAUGUUCCCAUUUCCAAAUUAGUUUUAUUCAAAAUCAGAUUUAUCUAUAUUCAUCAAUUCAAUUCAAAUAUACGUUUACAGUAUUUACUUGUUAUAUAUAGAAAGUUAUUAAUUUGGAUUAAACGUGAAUAAAUAGUAAGGAGAUAACUCAUGACAUAUUGUGUUAAUUGUAUUAAAAUUUCUAUAAAUAUCAUGUGUAGAUUCUACAUGAAAAAAAUACUUUUUCAGAUUAAUAAUAAUUACAAGUAUUUACAAUCAAGCUCUAGAUAAAAAGUUAAAGUCACCCUAUUAUUAAAUUUGGGAAAAAAAUAUAUUCUCAUGAAUGUAUACAAGGAUGAUUUGGAAAGAAAUACAUGGACAUGGAAUUAAAAAAAUGUACAACAGCUCCGUUAUUGUGGAGUUACAGUUUGUUAAUCAUAAUGUUUUAGCGUCCACUCUUCAUCAUGAAUGUUAGGUCUAUCAUUUUCAAACCGAAGCUACUAUUUUCGGGAGUAGAUGUUAUUAUUUUCCUACUUUUCAUCCACUUAGCGAUAUUUUUGCAGGUUUAUCAACCACACAGUAUCACACAGCGCAGCUCAUAACUGAACUCAUUUCAAAUUAAAAUAUGAAGAAAAAGGCUUGAAAAUGUUUCUUUUGUGAUUACAGCCAACUGAAGUGCUAUGCUAGCAGAGCCAAAAUACGUGAUCUUCCAGCGAUAAGCAUCCAAAGAAUGCCCAGAGUAAUGUUUGAUAAUAAUUGGUUUGAAGAAACAUGUAACAAAUGUUUUUCAUUGCUGUCACUUUGUGAUUAUUGUAGUCGUCAUAAUUAUGACACUAUUAGUUGACUAUGAAAAUAUUGGAUUCAAACAAUGGGGAAAAAAGCGGAAAUUAUGACGAUGUAUGUAUUUCUAGUUUUAAAUCUAAAAAACGGCAAAUCAAAAAUUAUGACCGAAUACGCUUAUAAUUUAGGAUUUAUUGGAAGUUUUGUUAUAAACAAACCCUUGUGGCUAUCUUAUUCACAAGUUUAUUUGCAGAAUAUUGAUAUCAAUAUAAAACAAUCAUAAAGUUUGUACCGCGAGUCCUAAUUUCUAGAAGUUUCGUUGGAUUCUCAAAAAUGGUGAAAACGGUACCAAAGCAAAGUAUCUAUGGGAGCAACUAUUAUCAAAUGGAAUAUUCAAACUAUCAGUUAUGCUCUAUGGUAUUAAAAUCAAAAGAAAAAAUAUGUUUCCAUCCAAUAACACAUUUUGCGAGGAUUUUCUGAUUUCAAAAAUAAAUAUGACAACACCAAACAGCGGCUACACAUGCCUGAUAUGCUUACAAACAUAUAAAUCUGUGAGGGGUUAUGUAUGAAUAGUGCUAUGUCGAGUAAAUUCACAUAAAUGAAAUUAGUAUCCAUGUAACCAAAACUUCUGUGCCACAUUAUCUGAGAGAUAGAAUGCAGAAUAUGUCCAAAAUUCAAGAAAUGGAAAUAAGUGGUUGUGAACAUUAUGAAUGAAUAUCACUUCUGGAUUUGAUGUAUGAAGUUUUGGCUAGAGUUUUGAAAAACAGAGUGAACUAGUACCAAGAAAAAUAGUUAUUGUAGUACACUUCAUUAAGACCAUAACUGGAAGAGUAGACAACACCAAUGACUUAACAACGGCUGCGGUUUAUGAUUUGCAAGAUAUAGAUUAAUGAAUGGACUAUAAGAAAAUGGACAGAGAGAAAAAGAAUAUAAAAGCGCUUAAGGACCCAAUGCGAAAUCUAAUGGACAUGAAUUCUAAGCAAGGCAAAAACUUUCAUUUUGUAGUAUGUAUAUGGAUUAAAAAUGGCAUUAUUUGGAUUAAUAGCUUAUUGCUAUUGCUAUUAAAUAUAUUAUUGAUUAUCAUCAAUCAAUCAAUUAAUAAAAGUAUUAAAUUACGUCGCCGGCUGUGCUAUUGCAAUCAACAUUGAUUGUAGAGAAAUUUCAUCAAAGCUAUAUUUAAUUAUCAUUUUCAUCAACUUCAUAGGGGUGAACCUAAUUGAUUUCUGCAUUAAAGAAAUUACAACAAAUAUGUAUAGAUUCUCUAAAAAUAAAAUAAAAUCUUUUCCUGGAAUCUCCUUACUAGCUUCCAGUACUUCAUAGGCACACCCGAACCAAAAUAUGUAGUUUGUUAAUUUUUUACCAAAUAAUAUGAUCUAAUAUAAUAAUGUAAAUAUAUUUUAUUAGAUUAUUUUAUUCUUAGACACUUUUCAUAAUAGAUAAUAUCUUCCUGUUGUAAUACUAUACAGCUAUUUCUGCAUAGAAAAUGAUUUGAUGAUUGUAUAGAGAAAAUUAUUACAUCAUUUCCAAUUAUGAUUUUUUUAAUUUUUCAAUUCAAUUUCGAUAAUUCAAGUUCGAUAGAUGAUUAUAUUAGUAAUAACCACUUGCCAUGAGAAAAUGAACUGUAUAAAUUGUGUUAUAUGCAUAUAAUAAAUAUUUUUUUUCAUCGACUUAUGUCAGGUUUCAUGUGAGGCACUUGAAUGAUUUUGUGAAAUGUUGUUCAAUUCAUUUAAGUAUUUUUAGCAUUUUCUACCCAAAUGGUGAGAUUAAAAUGGUUCUACAGACCAACUCAACCAUUUGGGUGUCACAACUUUUUAUUAAAUAAAAACUUCAUAGAAUGAUUACUCAAGAGAAAUUUAUGGUGGGCUAUUAUUACAUCUACUGUUGUCCAUUCAAAAAAACACAAUUUGAUUUCGACAAGAGAAUGUAGUUUUCUUUAUUAAAUAAAUAUGGUGGCUACUCUUCAAUCGUGUAUGCUCCACUGUAUUAUUAUAUUCAAUUUAUUGCAGUACUAUCACUUCUUUGUAUUUUCUCAAAUUAUAUCGAUCUAUCGAAUAUUUUAGAAUGGAGCGACCUUAUUAUGCAUAAUUUGUACAAAGGAAUCUGUAUAUCUGACCUCGCUUUUUGAAACUAUCAGUAUUAAUUUAAAAAUAAAUUUAUUGAGUAGUUUAUCAAAUACUUUUUCACUAUGAUCUAAUUUAUUCAAUUAUAUGUACAGUUUGUCCACGUAAGUUGGUGGCAUAUGGGAAACUUUUUUAUUAUUAAUUUUACGAAAAUAAGUUAUUCUUUAUAAAAAGUUCUACAUGGUCCAAAACUUGAAAUUCAAUCAUCAGAUAUUAAAUUUUUUCAGUCUUAUAUGAGGUUUGUCAAAAAUAUUUUUUUCUACAUUUUCUCUGCGAUUACGUUGGAAAUUUAAGUUUGCACAUUAAUGCAUAAUUAAUCUAGGAUGCACUAGCAUUUUUUGAUACUGAUAAUUGGAGUAGGCUUUGCGAACUGUCUCAAUAUCGAACAUUCGAAAAAACGACAACAAUCGUAUUUCAAAAAGUGCCACGGUAUAAUCACAUUUUUAGACAGUCUAACAGUGCUUUUCAUAGUUUUUAGAGAUCCGUAUUGUACAGUUUCAUGUUUGACAGACGUAUUUAUUUAUGAAAAGUUAUACAUGCCACCAACAUUAAGUCUGGAAGAGAAAAUUGGAAUUGUGCUAAUAGUGAGUGAUAAGUAUAAAACAUUUCGAGAAGCAGCAAACAUUUUUAAUUUCCGAUAUCCAGAUAAAAAUAUUCACAAUUCCACAAUUUUUAAUUCUAAACAUCUUUUCUUAAUAACAAUUUUCGAUAUUGUCAAAAAGAAAGGUACUUUACUCUAGAGAAAAAUCACAUUUUUUGACAAACCUCGUAUUCGACUGAGCAAAAUUAACAUCUGAUGAUUGAAUUUCAAGUUUUGGACCAUGCAGAAAGAACUUUUUAUAAAGAAUAAAUUUUUUUUCGUAAAAUUAAUAAUGAAAAAGUUUCCCAUAUGCUAUCAACUUACGUGAACACACUGUAUAUAUGACAAGAACGUGGAACUUCCACUAAAUUAAUAUCCGGAAUUCAUUUAUAUUACAUGAGAACAUUUUGUAGUCAAUAGAAUAUAAAUUUCAAUUGUCUUGAAGUCUUCUAUUUUUGAGCUUAGAAUAAUAUCUAAUUGGAUGAAGAGCAGAAAAGAGAGAAACCUUUAUUAACUUAACUUCCGGACUUACUUUUACAGCCAAGAGAAGAGUGCUGUAUCUGUAGUGUCGGCAGCAGUGAUAUGGUUUCGCACAUUUCAAAUUUUUUGAUAAACACGAGAUUUAAGCCAAUUCUCUACAAUAGUGAAAUGGGUUGAAACCAGGAGAUUUCAUAUUGUUGUGUUGAGAAGAAAAAUCAUUCAAAAAACCUCGUACUGCGAGUUACCAAUGAAGCGAAUAUCUGGUACGCUACUCCAGUCUCAAAGUUUCAUACAAAGAAAAAUAUCCAUCAUUUUUUCAACGGAAUAGGGUACACAAGACUUUUAUCUUCGUUAAUUAAGGUAGAAAGUUGCCUAGUCGUUAAAAAUUAUACGCCUCAUACGAGAGGCUUAGAACUGUUCAUAGAGUUGAUUGGGGUAUUCCAAGUUCUCAAGUAGUUAUAUUGGUACACUGCGACUCAAAUUUUCUUUAUCACGUCUGACAUAAUCGUCAGACACAAGCUGUCUUUCACACAUACUAGUCGCCAGUUGAAAUUGUUAAGACAGUCAUGUCGAAAACUUGUAGGUACUCAAUGAUGACCAACUCACUCACAAGUGACAAUGAAAUGGCGGGCUAAGACCGCACGGAAGAAAAAUCUUAACAAUCUUUACAACCGUAGUAAUGCUGCUGUGCUCUCCAUAACAAUAGUAACUUUCCCAUAUAUGGGACGACUCAAGCAAAGUCGAAGAUAUUUGUCGUGCAUUGAAAGGUAGAAAACUCUUUUUCCGUUCCUACAAAAGGUGAUAAAUUUGGAGUAUGUAUAUAAACAUUGAAUGUUAAAAAUUAGUCUUUUGUUUUUAAUAAUGUCUUAUACAGCUUGAAUAUUAGUUUGAAGAAAAAUAUUCCUAUAGUUGUCAAAUGAGUAACUUGGCUCUAUAUAAUGGAUAGCAUGAUAGAUACUUAUCAAUAUUGAAAACAACAAAUGCUGAAAUAAUAUUGGAAAUUAUACUGUUCCUUACAAAAAUUUUCUUUGCCUUCAAUAUUAAUUUUCCUCGCUGAAAUACGUGUUCUAUAAAUGUGUGUAUUGAACUUAUAUAAAUAGAAAAUAACGUCCAGGUUCUGUAUGAACGUUUAUUGUAUAUAAAAUCAGAAAUAGCUGUAAUAGACUUUUCCUAUAUUUCAGUAUAAUUGUAUAUAUCUAUAAAUAAAAUGUUAACAUGUUGUGUAAAGAUAUGUAAACAGAAUAUAGAAAGUGUUAUGGCCCUUCGUAACUUAUAAUUAUAAUCUAAAUCAACAUCUUUCGGGCCCAAAAACUAUUAGUUCACAAUUUUUUCAGCAAGUUUGAAAUGAUAAUAUUCAACUAGUCAACGGUGAGAUAUGAUGUAGUAAAACGAAUGCACAAUACUCAGAUGCUUCAUGGGCAAAAUAUAUAAUUCUUGAAGAACAUAGCCAAAAUUUUACUUUAUCCUUCAAAAUUUCAAAGUAGUUUUUGAAAAAGAUUUUCUCAAUUAUAUGGAAAAACAUUCAAAAAUUAUUUAAUGAAAACGUUGAUUUAGUCCAUGAGGCAGGAAAUCAGAUUUUAGAACAGCACAUGCUUCUUGAGUGGCAAUAUAACGAUGAGGUAACUGUAAAAUAAAUUUAUAGAUGAUGUGAGAUGUAUUUGUUCAUAAUUUAGGAAUUAGUUUUAGAUAAGAAGUUGUACUCAACCGCGAAGCUCAUUAUUUUCAUUAUAAAUAUCGAUAUAGUAUCAUCAAAAAAGAAACGUGCGUUUUAUAACUCAAAGACAAAUUGAAGAGUUUCCAAUUAUUUCAGUAGAAAAUAAAUUUUAAUGUUAAUAUAGGUAAUAGAUACACAGCAAGGAAUAUAUUAGGAAAAAAUAGCUCAGAUUAGAAAUUCUACCGUAUACAAUAUAGAUUAAAUGAAAUACAGAAAGAAUUUACUUAAAGGGGAAAAACAAGCUAGAGAAACGUAAAAAUACAAAAAAAAAUAGAAAUAGAAAAUUAUGAUACUAAUUCGAUGUAUCUAUCCAUCCAAACGCUAAAUAGAAUAAUUUCUACACGUGGAAUUCAAUAUAAUUUAUUCAAUUUCCUUUUUUCCUUUGAGGAGAGAGAUCUUAAACUGUUGUCGAAGUUGGUGGAGAUAUUGCCGUUGUUGAUAACAUAGCUGUUGCUUUAGUUUUAGUUAUCCCAACCAAGAAGCUGUAGAGGUACAGAAAAAAAUAGCAAACGGGAAGAUGAAUGAGACAACUAGAGGAAAAAUGAAUGACCAAAACUGAUCUGGGUAAAAUUGAGCUUACGAUCUAACACAUAUAAAAAUUGAAUUUAUAUUUUUAUAAAUUUACCAGACAGAAGUUCCACUAUAUUCGUUCUAUUCCUAAGUGAAUGGAAAAUAUGAGCUUCCGUGUAGAAGAAUUUACUUUAAAUAUCACCAAAACAUAUGAUUAUAAGAAAUCAAUUAUUGAAGAGUGGACAACACUGCAACUGAAUAAUUAUAUGACAUAAGUAUUUGACGACAAACUAAAGACGCCAAUUCAAUUGUUACAAUAGUAUCAUCCUGUAUCAAAAAAGGAAAUUUCAACAUCUUUUUCAAUAAGCCAUCCCAGUUUUAUUGUCUACCUACGUGAUGAGCUUAUGGCCAUAUCAUCAUGAGUAUUACACUGACUAUGAGGGAUAGACAAAUAAGCGUAUUUAUUUUGGCACUUUUUGCACAUUAUGUGACCACGGGUCCCUUCUCCACAAUGUUAUUCAUUCUAGCUCACCUUCCAAUUUGAUUACCAUGAAAAAAUUUUUGAUGAAAACUACCAAUGUCUAGAUUACAACAGGUAAACUGAAAAAAGUUAUAAGACAAUUAAAAGAAGAGAGAUACUAAACAGGAAUACUCAGAAAAAGUAUUCAGAGUAUCGUCGUCUCUACUUUAUAUCAGCAAGAGGUUAAUUAUAUUAUGUCUGAUUUUCUAUUGGAUGUACCUUGAAUUAGAAAAAUAGAAAAGGAAGUGGAACAAUUAGGAGUAGAAACCUGAGUAGCCGAUGGAAGCAAAAGAGCAAUGAUGGAAUCAAUGUACGAGUUAAAGAAAACUAAAAUGAGAAUAUAUAAAUCGGUACUAAGACCUAACUUGCUUGCGAGGUAUAAAUAUCAAGAAAAACUGAUCAAGACAUCUUAAACAGAUGCAUAAGAGGAAUGAAAUCAGUAGAAAGAACCAAAUAAAAAGUAGAGUCCAUAAAGAAUGAAAGGAACUCUAUAAAGAACGGAAAAUUGGUAUUUUUAUUGAAAGGCUCAUAAUUAAAUGAAUAAGACAUAUUGAAAGAUCAUAUAAAGUUCGAACUCCCAGAAGAGAACUAUAAAAUUUGGCUAGGUUAGGCCCGCACUUCGUCAGUCUCCGAAAUCAAUUUCAGUUUUUAGGAAUUUCAAUCAUCGGAUGGUAUAAAAAGUGUUUGAUAUUAUUUCCAUUCACUACCCCAUAACAUAAUAUCAACUAACCUCAACCAAUAUUUUCAAGACUCUCUAUAUUUUAUUUUCAUAAAUACAUUUAUGGUAUCUGAUGAAAUUAUUUAUGUUGGAAAUGACGUGUCAGCAGUGGCAGACAAAACAAGAAAUCAGGUAUCCUCCAUGGCCAGAUUGGGCUAUAUUAUCCAUAGCAGUUCCAGAAUAAUGUUAAUCCUGAAGUAAAGAGUCUGUAUAAUUAUGGAAGCUUAGAUGAUAACCCACAAAUAGCGGGAGUAUCGAGGAAAACAUUGAAUAACUCAAUUAGAAAUGACUGAAAAAUCGAAGAAAUAGUUGUAGGGACGGGGGAGAAAACAACUUUCUUAAUGAUAUGGAAAACGUAACAAAUGAAGGGAAGAGGGUUGACAAAGAAAGAAAAGUGAUGUAGGAAUUAUAAUAACAAUGAAAUUGUAGACUAAAUCGUUGAGAACAUAAUAAUGUUAUUUAAUCUUUCAAUAUGAAUUUAUAUAGAGUUUCAAAUAAAAAAAUAUUCAUAGUGAAACUACAAUUAAAAAUAAGACGAUAUUUAUAUAGAAAAUUCUGGAUAAAGUAGGUUUGGUAGAGCCUCUUAAAAACAAAGACUUAUAUAAUAAUUAUUGGCUUUUAAUAUAAAUAGGUAUUAUACAUAUAUAUAUGAACAGGUUGUUUCUAAAUUCUUCCUAUAAUGUUCAAAAGGUAGUUGCCAGUAUCAAAUUAUGAUGGGUCUUUUCUAAAGCAAAUUUUUCUCCACCCUCUUUGGAUAUACUAUCCCUACAAGGUGGUGAAUAGAAAAUUUGUUAAUUCCAUACCCCGGCCGGUAGUUUUUCAAUAUUUCUGUUACAUUAUAAUGGGGUGAGAUUCGUAAAGCCACACUUUCUUUGCCAUGAAACCUAAAUUUGAGGUUUAUUUUAUUGAAGAAUAACAUGCUAUGUCUGUUUAUUUAGAGACAUAGUAUUGAAGGAAAACAAAGUCAGAAAAUAGCCGGAAGUGUAAAAAGUAUUGUGAUAUGCUAACAGCUUGCACACACAUUUCUUAUUAAGUUGCAUUUUUUGAUUAUACUUUGAAUAUCGAUACGAAAAGAAACUGUUUUUAUAGAAAAAAUUAUUAAAUUCCCAUGAAAAUGAUCCUGCCCUUCUGCUUACAAUUAGUCACUCAAAAAAAAGCUCAAAGUACGUUGGGUUUUUCAAGACCGUUUAUUUUUGGGAAAGAUACCACAGAAUUGGUUUUUUAUUGAUUCUGCCAAAUAGAGAGAAAAUUCACUUCAAUAUGUCCAGUUAAUAUUUUAAGAUAUUCUCUAUCUAUAGUAUAUUCUAUGGAGUAGAAAGGUAAUUUCAGAAACUUUUGGAAAAUUUUAAGACAACGUCUCGGAUAAUUAAAAUUUUAAUUUCGCAAUAAAAAUGUGAUUUUAGAAAAAAAUUGGUUCUAGUCAAGAAAAUAGGAAUUCGUAAAAGGCAGCUUGAUAAUAAAUGAAGAGAAUAAUGUGGGAAUUACUAAUUUCACCCCAGCAUUCUGUAACAGAAAUGUUGAAAAAAAAAUAUUGGUCGUUAGUAUAUUGUUAUUUCAGGGAAUUAAAAAUUUACAAGUUUCUAUCUUUACUUGAAGUGGAAUCUCCGAGGAGACAAAUAACCCAUUCUUUUUUUAUAAGGACAAUCACCUCUCGAAUUUUGUUUCAGGAAAUUAAAUACACUCUGUAUAUAUACCACUUUAAUACUUAUUGAGUUAUUUUUAAAUGUAAUGAGAAGAACAAUAAGAAAUUUAUUCCUUAUUAUUAAUAUAUUGUGAGAAAUAAAAAAUGUGACUAAAUUAAAAAAAGCUCUUGUUACCCAUGUAGACACAAUAAAUCAUAUCACUUUCCUGUUGACAUUA